AUGGCCGGCUCAAAGACUCACUUGGUUUUGGAGAACUAUAUAGGGGGGCAAUUUAUUCCUUGCUCCUCAUAUUUAGAUUCCUAUGACCCAUCUACAGGAGAAGUUUAUUGCAAGGUGCCAGACAGUGGCAGAGAGGAGGUGGAGGCAGCUGUCAAUGCUGCCCAAAAUGCUUUCCCAGGCUGGUCGGCCAAAAGCCCCCAGGAAAGGUCAAAAAUAUUGAGCAAGUUGGCAGACCUUAUUGAAGAAGAUCUGGAGUCAUUUGCUCAAGCAGAAUCAAAGGAUCAAGGGAAAACCAUUACGUUUGCUAGAACGGUGGACAUCCCCCGAUCUGUAUACAAUUUUCGUUUCUUUUCGUCGUCCAUCCUUCACCAGACAGCAGAAUGUACACAGAUGGACCAUGUGGGCUGUAUGCAUUAUACUGAGAGAACACCUGUGGGAAUUGCUGGCUUAAUUAGUCCUUGGAAUUUGCCACUUUACUUGCUGACCUGGAAAAUUGCGCCGGCUAUUGCGUGUGGAAACACUGUCAUUGCCAAACCCAGUGAGAUGACAUCUGCCACUGCUUGGAUGAUGUGCAAACUUCUCAAUAAAGCAGGUAUUCCUCCAGGUGUGGUGAACAUCAUAUUUGGGAGUGGCCCGAAAGCUGGAGACGCUCUAGUUUCCCAUCCUCAGGUGUCAUUGAUUUCCUUCACGGGAAGCACUCUCACUGGCCAGCGCAUCAUUGAAAGGAGUGCUCCGUAUUGCAAGAAGCUCUCUCUGGAGCUUGGAGGCAAAAAUCCAGCUAUCAUCUUUGAGGAUGCCAACUUAGAUGAAUGUGUUCCUACUACUGUAAGAUCCAGCUUUGCGAAUCAGGGUGAAAUAUGUCUCUGCACCAGCAGAAUCUUUGUUCAGAGAAACAUUUGCAAUGAAUUCUUGAGAAGGUUUGUGGAAGCUGUCAAAAAGUGGAAAGUUGGAAACCCCUCAGAUCCCACAAUUGACCAGGGAGCACUGAUAAGUAAAGAACAUUUAGCAAAGGUAAAGAACCACAUCAAAAAAGCAGAAUCUGAAGGGGGUAAAAUUCUCUGUGGAGAGGGGAUCGAUACUUUGACUCUUCCAACAAGAAACUGGGAUGGGUAUUUCAUGCUUCCGACGGUCAUUACUGAAAUUGCCGAUGACUCAAGUUGCAUGCAGGACGAGAUCUUUGGCCCUGUAACCUGCGUCACAGUGUUUGACACGGAAGAGGAAGUGAUCAGGAGAGCGAAUGGAGUCAAAUAUGGACUGGCAGCCACUGUCUGGUCAAGGGAUGUGGGGCGGGUUCAUCGCGUUGCUAAGAAACUCCAGUGUGGAUUGGUAUGGACUAACUGUUGGCUUAUCAGGGACUUGAAUUUGCCCUUUGGUGGCAUGAAAGCCUCAGGGGUAGGCAGAGAAGGAGCAAGGGAUUCCUAUGAGUUUUUCACUGAGGUGAAAACGAUUACUAUAAAACACACCGAGAUGCACUGAUGAAAAAUAUUCCACAUCAGAAUAAACAAACACGGCAGUUUUUGCUGUGCCUGUCUUUGGAAUAGAUAAGACAUGUUUGCUUAUAAUGUGCUCUGAAAGGCAUUAUUUAAACUGUACCUGCAUUGAUGGUAUAAGUUCACUGGCUGAGUCAUUUGGUUGGAUCAGAAGCUUCACAUGGGCAGCUGGAGAACACCUCCAGGGUGCUGCUGCACCCACGGGUGCCAUGUUAGCAACUUCUAGCUUACUGAACAGGACCAAAACGACAAAUUAUUAUAACCUUUUCGAAUGGAAAUUCGAGAAAUUAUAACCUUAUAACCUUUGCAAAUGGAAAUUCCUUCUGUGAGCUUUAGGAAUAGGGAAAACAAUGAUUGUUUCAGAAAUAGCUUCCAUUUACAUCCAUAUGAGGGCAGGAGAGUGUGUUGUUUGUUCCCCCUUGUGAAUUGCGUAGGUUUAAUAUAUUUUGAUGUACUUCAGAAAUAUAUUUCUUCUGUGAUGCUUUUUUU